GCAGAAGGUUCUUGUCAGCUCCUUGGUAAUAUUUUAUUUCUUAAGCUUUGCUAGCCUCACAAAGAGUGUGAAAGACCAAGAGUCUUUAUGCAUCAGAAUGUAUUAUCAUUGCAGAGUGAGACCAGGGCUGGACGGCGCCUCACCUGCCUGGUGAUUUGAACCCUCUUGGAUGGGAACCUUGUUUUGUUCAGUCCUGCACUUUGUGCUCUUAUGCUGCGGCACGUGUAUUUACUUUAUGCUUCUGCCAAUUCAUUGGGCUGGAUGAAAUUGAAUUGCUGGCUGAACAGCUGCACAGAGUGACUAAUGUUACUUUUCAGGCAUGGAGACUCCUCACUCUUUCCCAUUUUGAUGCAGAUAUCUUUUGGCAUGUCGCAUAGGCGGGAUUAGCACAGGUCAUGUAGGCCAGGAGGCUUUCUUCACCAUCCCUCUCUGUCUUUGCAACCAAGUUUGGCUUUCUCUUACUGUGUACUUACUGAAUCCCUUGGUCUUGUGCUGGUUUGAAUGCCUCCAUUGUCCAGACACACUGCCAGCAGCAGCGAGCCUGUGUCUGUCUGUGUGGUGCCUCAGGUCUCCAGGAAUCUAGUUAAUAACCUAAUAGCUUCUCAUCUCUGCUGAGCUCACUCUGAAAAGUGCUUUCUUGUGAGCAGUGGUGCACACAGAUGGCAGCGUGUUACUUAUCUCCAGGCUGUCACAUCACUGGUUGCUCUCAAAAUGGAGUGCCUUCACAGGCUGGUGUUCACUGAGGUCUGUGGCUUUAAAAGAGCCUUUUCCCAAAUAGGAUUUGAUACAAUGGAAUGAAAAGCAGCAGCAUCUGCACUUACAAUGAUGGCUCAGAGGCAUUAAUGCUUUUCCCAGGCGCACACACAUGCUCUGUCAACACACAAGCAUGGCAGCCUGUGGAUAUUCUCUAUUUGAUCUCCCUUACCUCCCAGUUAUGGGAAGGAUUGGAAACAGCACAUCAUACCUUUUUGCAUUUGAUCUGUCUGCUCCCUAGAUGCAGCUGGUCCAUUAGCACUCACUGCCCAGUAACUGCUGUGGUAGAGUAAAAGCCAGCAUAUAUUUGUGGUUAAAACUGGACACAAACAUAGCUUGCAAUCAAAGCUAUAAACCCCAGGUUCCUUAAACUGACAAGACCUGCUACUCCCAGAAGGGAAGGGAGUGGGGAGGUGAGGGAAGGAGGAUAAAACGCAAGUCUCAAGUAAUCAGAGAGAUUUUAUCUUUUGGCCGUUUCACAUACUGCGUCACCAAAAGGGCUCUUGGGUGGUCAUAGCCUCUUUGCCGCCCACCCACUACUCUGGAUGAUUGAACAGCCUGCAGCACUGACUGAUCUUUUCCUCAGUAAGUCGCUUUUAUUCCACAGGCACUGAGAUGCUGACUGAUGAGUAAAGGCUUUAUUUUUCCUUAAGGAUUAAGAAAAUCUGAAGCUGGAAAACACAGGGUUGGGAUUUUUCUCAUUGUCGCAUAAUUUGGAGAGAGAUUGUUUAACAGCUCUCCGAAUCUGCUGGCAUCAUUGGUGAACUUGGACAACAUUACUAAGCAACUAUAUGCAGGAGUGUUUUUCCAAAAUUCUGUGGAGCCGCUCAGAGAGGAAAGGAUGCCCCAGACAUCUCCCUUUGCAGCUAUGUUUGACAGCAGUGGCUACAACAGGAACCUAUAUCAGACAAAAGAGGAUGACUGUGGAGGGCUCUAUUACCAUGACAACAACCUCCUGUCGGGGUCUCUGGAAGCUCUGAUCCAGCACUUGGUACCCAAUGUAGAUUACUAUCCUGACAGGACAUACAUCUUCACUUUCCUUCUCAGUUCACGUCUGUUUAUGCAUCCAUAUGAGGUCAUGGCCAAAGUCUGCCAUCUCUGUACCGAGCAGCAGAGACUAAGUGAGCCUGGCCUGGACAAGAACCGGAUACGAAAAAUAGCACCCAAAGUUCUACAGUUGUUGACUGAAUGGACAGAGACAUUUCCUUAUGAUUUCCGAGAUGAAAGAAUGAUGAGGAACUUAAAGGAGCUGGCACAAAGAAUAGCCAGUGGCGAUGAAAUGUAUUGGAAGAACGUACAGCAGCUCCUCCAGAACCUGAUUCGAAAGCUCGCCACUGUUAGCCAGUAUGAGGAAGUACUUGCAAAAAUUAACGCCACAUCCACGGAUCGCUUCACGGCUCUCAAGACCAAGCCCCAGUCCAUUCAGAGGGACAUAAUCGCAGUCUGCAACGAUCCCUACAUGUUGGCUCAGCAGCUGACACACAUAGAGCUUGAGAGACUCAAUUAUAUUGGACCAGAAGAGUUUGUCCAAGCAUUUGUGCAAAAGGAUCCUUUGGAUAAUGACAAGAGCUGCUACGGAGAUCGAAAGAAGACCCGUCAUCUGGAGGCCUAUGUGGAAUGGUUUAACAGGCUCAGUUACUUGGUUGCAACAGAAAUCUGUAUGCCUGUGAAGAAGAAGCACCGAGCAAAAGUGAUAGAAUAUUUCAUUGAUGUGGCUCGGGAAUGUUUUAACAUUGGCAACUUUAACUCCUUAAUGGCUAUUAUUUCUGGAAUGAACAUGAGUUCUGUGUCUCGAUUAAAGAAAACUUGGGCAAAAGUGAAAACAGCCAAAUUUGAUAUUCUUGAGCAUCAGAUGGAUCCUUCUAGCAAUUUUUAUAAUUACCGAACUGCUCUGCGUGGUGCUGCUCAAAGGUCCUUGACAGCUCAUAGUAGCAGAGAGAAGAUUGUGAUACCUUUCUUCAGCCUCCUGAUCAAAGAUAUUUACUUCCUCAAUGAGGGUUGUGCCAGUCGUCUUCCAAAUGGUCAUGUGAAUUUUGAAAAAUUUUGGGAAUUGGCAAAACAAGUCAGUGAAUUUAUGACGUGGAAGCAAGUGGAGUGUCCGUUUGAAAGGGAUCGGAAGAUUUUGCAGUACUUGCUCACUGUCCCGGUCUUCAGUGAUGAUGCACUUUACUUGGCUUCCUAUGAGAGCGAAAGUCCCGAGAAUCACAUUGAAAAGGACAGAUGGAAGACACUGAGGUCAACGCUUCUGGGCAGAGUCUAGCACAUGAGACAGUGGCUGUUUCUGCUGUUGUUAUGUUAUGUGGAUUACCAAGGGGCAUGGCUUGUUUUUCUGUACAUCGGAUGAUGGCAUUCAAAGUGAUGAAAACUGUGCAGACAGUUGAGAUACUGUGUCAGCAAAGAUGAAACACAUUAACUCAAGAACAAACAGGCAGCUUCUCACAUCUGACAGAUGAGAUUAAAUCACAGCCCACUUGGCUGUGAUUUAGGCUUAAGUAUCGAUUGAUGACAGCGCUGACAGAAUCCUUUGAAGAGCUCAGAUGCCGUCUAUGAAUCAUUUCACACCUGGAUGGAAUAUUUUUUCCCUUCCUUAUGCUGCAGCUUGCUGCUACAAGGAUUCUGCAGAGUGGGCAGUAGAUUACAGAGGGGAAAAAAAUCACCAAUCCUUUCAGUGAAACCUAAGUCUGCGUUGAAGAACUUGGGUUCUUAAUAAGCUGAAUAUAGCCAGGAACUUCGUCUGAUUGAGACUGCUAAGAAGGGAAAGGACUGGACACAACAAAUGAGCUGCUGGGGAGAGAUUCUCCCUGCCACUGUAAUGGUGGCUAUGGUUUUUUGGUUGUUUGGUUUUUUAUUAUGUUUUUGAGUUUUCUGCUGGCAGGCAAACUCAUUAUUAUUCUAAGUUAUUUAAAAAAUAUGAAGUAAUAAAGAUCAAGGCUGUGGAAGAAAACACACCUGCUAGAAAAAUAUAGUAGCUAUGUAGCUUGGACUAUUUUAUAAAUUUUAGGGAGGUUUUAUUCUUUCUGUUUACAGCUAACCACUACAUGCUACAGACAUUUUUACUCUACUGUUUUGUUGCUAUAAUUUUCCAUACUUGACCUUCUUCUUAUAGUAGGUUGAACUGACUUUUCUAGAAUAGUCUUUGAAAACCUGGCAUACAAACUAUUUUGAAAUCUGAAAGUAUGUUUUUAUGAGGUCAUUUCUAUAAUUGCUUUUUUUUGAAAGGGCAACAAUGGAGAACACAAUCCACUUUGACUGAAAUAGUAAGAUGCCAAACAGGAAAAAAGAUGAGGCUUCUUCUCAACUACUGCUGUGAACAAAACAAUCUCCCUAUAUGUUUGCUUUAUGGAUUAUCUUUAUGACUGUGAAGUAGUUCACUGUGUUACACAACUAAUAAGUUUGUGGUAGCUCUGAAUACUUAGUCACUCUAUUUAUCAUAGGAAGAGCCUGAUGGGGAAAAACAACAACAACAACAACAAAAAAAAAAAAAAACCACACCAAACACAAAACCAAACCAAAACAACAACAACAAAAAAACAAGAACCACAAAAAAGAAGGGACUGUAGCUGUAGAUCACCCUGGAUGCAAAAUCACUAAGCAAAUUAUCCUGCCACUGUUAUUAACAAAAAAAAAAAAAAAAAAAAAUUAAGAAUAAAGAUACCUAUUUGUUGCACUGCAUGUCUUGAGUUUUCAGGUAAGGUGGGGUUUAUGUUCUGUCCAUCCCUUCUCAGGCAAGUAUUUAAUUUUUUAAGUCUGUAAGAACAUACUGAAGUGGCCUUCAUCAACAGGGAUACUGCCCUUAACUACAGUCUGCUCAUUACAAGGUGCUGGAAGUCACUGAGUUGCAUAUUCCAUGAGCACCAGUACCUCAAGCCCUGUUGGUGGAGGAGGAUUUCUCUCCUGCUCUACCAUUCACUAAGUUAUGGUGAAGCAGAAAGAAGAGGAUAACUCUCUGAAAGGAGGAAACUGUUUUUGCAGCUCACAGUCUUACCUCCCGGCUUUCAUCAAGGUGAGGUCUUUCCCAUCUUCCCCCCUACAACCUUCUUCCAUUGUUGAGGCUUAUAGGCAGGCCAUAGUUUACACAAAAAGGUGGGGAAAACACUGCAUUCCUCCACAUCUACUGCAGGAAGGAUGAUACGCUAAUAAGGGACACAAAUGAGCUUCCAUGAUGCAAUAUUUGCUAUCGUCAUUACCCUGCUGGUUUACAUUUUUAGUUCUAUGGAAAGCCCAAGGGUGGAACAAAGGGUUUGCUUAGCUGUAAAAAUAACUUCUCUCCUUCUCUCCUCCACUGUAACACAGUUUGACUACUGGCCUGGUUUAGAAUUUGAUUUGUUAUUUGUGUAAUUGGAACAAAGCCUUUGUAUUAAUAAAUAAAAGGAGAAAUAGCCUCCCUUUCACAGCCUCCA